AUGGAAAAAGACCCGGAGCACGGGGCUACCAAGGUCGGCGUUGUGACGCGCUAUGACCUCUGGGACCUCGUCGAGCCAGAGGAUCCCUCGGCGGCGUUCCCUGCCGGUUGUAGCUACCACUGCAGCGCUUCUGACGGCAGCAACAACAUUUUCGUCCACGCUGGCUGCCCUGAAACGGGUCGGCUGUCUGACCUCUGGGCCUUCAGCCUCGACUCGAGGGCUUGGGCCGAGCUUCCCGCUGCCCCGUUGCCGGCAUGCGGAGGAGCAUCUAUCGCAUUUUUCGACUGUAAGCUAUACUGCAUGAACGGCUUCAAUGGCACGACGGAGCAGGGUGGCUCCCUAGACGUCUAUGACUGCGAUGCAUGUCCUUGCAGUGUCUUGACUCUCGUCGCGGUGAAGGCAAAAGGCUGGGGCUAUCUUGUCACCAUGUUUGGCGAGCGGGACCCUAGUUCUCUCGGCCACGCCGGAGCUGGGAAGAUGCUCGCCGAUGUUUGGGCUUUCGAUGUGCAGGAGCUGAAGUGGGCAAAGAUUGAGCCUGUGGGAGAUGCGCCCCCGCCGCGGGGGUGGUUUGACGCGGACAUGGUGCGAGAAGAUGGAGGCAAGCACGCUAUCAUUGUCCAUGGAGGACUUGCUGAGGACAACUCUCGGCUUGGCGAUGUCUGGAAGUUACAAAUCUCUUAG